UCCUCCUUGUCCUCCCGGCCGCACGUGAGCCCCUACUGAAGCUCCACGCGCAGCAGGAAUAAACCGGCUACUACCGGCUGAGACGUCACAGAAGCUCGACCUGUGAGCGUUUUUACACAACAGAAAGGGGAAAGAUGGCGGACGACCCGAGUGCUGCGGACAGAAACGUGGAAAUCUGGAAGAUUAAGAAGUUGAUUAAAAGCCUUGAAGCAGCCCGAGGGAAUGGCACCAGUAUGAUUUCCCUCAUCAUCCCACCGAAGGACCAGAUCUCCCGGGUGGCCAAGAUGCUGGCGGACGAGUUCGGCACGGCGUCCAACAUUAAGAGCAGAGUGAACCGACUGUCGGUGCUGGGAGCCAUCACGUCAGUCCAGCAAAGACUCAAACUCUACAACAAAGUGCCCCCUAAUGGCCUGGUGGUGUACUGCGGGACCAUCAUGACAGAAGAGGGGAAAGAGAAGAAAGUGAACAUCGACUUCGAGCCAUUUAAGCCGAUCAACACAUCCCUGUAUUUGUGCGACAACAAGUUUCACACGGAGGCUCUCACCGCGCUGCUCUCAGAUGACAGUAAAUUCGGCUUCAUCGUGAUCGACGGUAGCGGCGCCCUCUUCGGGACUCUGCAGGGCAACACCAGGGAGGUUCUGCACAAGUUCACUGUGGACCUGCCGAAAAAGCACGGACGAGGAGGUCAGUCUGCCCUUCGAUUCGCCCGUCUGAGGAUGGAGAAAAGGCACAACUAUGUCAGGAAGGUCGCCGAGACGGCCGUGCAGCUGUUCGUCUCCAACGACAAGGUCAACGUCGCCGGGAUGGUCCUCGCCGGAUCGGCCGACUUCAAGACCGAGCUCAGCCAGUCAGACAUGUUCGACCCGAGGUUACAAGCCAAGGUGCUGAAACUGGUGGACAUCUCGUACGGAGGGGAGAACGGGUUCAACCAGGCAAUCGAACUGUCGGCCGAGGUGCUCUCCAACGUCAAGUUCAUUCAGGAGAAGAAGUUGAUAGGUCGCUAUUUUGACGAGAUCAGUCAGGACACGGGGAAGUAUUGCUUCGGAGUCGAGGACACGCUCAAAGCCCUGGAGAUGGGAGCCGUAGAGAUUCUCAUUGUCUAUGAGAACCUGGAAACCAUGCGCUACGUACUGCGCUGCCACGGGGCAGAGGGCAGCAAUCCUGAAAAUGAUGAGAAGACACUAUAUUUGACCCCAGAACAGGAGAAGGACAAGAGUCACUUCACAGACAAAGAGACAGGCCAGGAGCACGAGCUCUUAGAGAGCAUGCCGCUGCUCGAAUGGUUCGCCAACAACUACAAGAAGUUUGGGGCGACGCUGGAGAUCGUGACGGACAAAAGUCAGGAAGGCUCGCAGUUUGUGAAGGGCUUCGGAGGGAUCGGAGGAAUCCUGCGCUACAGGGUGGAUUUCCAGGGCAUGGACUAUCAAGGAGAAGACGAGGAGCUGUACGACUUGGAUGACUACUAGGUAGUCGCGACCGCCGAACUUUACGAAGUCCGCAGACGAACGGAGAAGGAACAGCUGGAGAAUCAGCGACUCAGAGGAACAAUUUUUAAGAGCGACCUUAACGAAUUGAAACACAGUGACUGAGCGGAAGCAGAGCGCGCUUCGAUCGCCGACACGUCAUUAACACGUCACACAGCGACAGUACAGACACGUGAGGAUGUCGUCCAGUCGUGCGCCAUUUUCCAAACCUCCGUUUUUUUAUAUACUGACUUCUCCUCCUCCUUUUCCUCCUGCUGCUGCUGCUUUAUGAGUUCGUGGCAUUUAAAAAACAAAAAAAAGUUCAUGAAAAGCUGACGGGUUUACCCCGAGCUCGCCAUCCCGACUCCGAGUCUCUGUGACAGACCAUCGUGUAGCUGGAUCUCCUCGCCGUGCUUAUGAAGACGGACGCGUGUCUUGCUUUAGCCUUUAAGAAACAUCCAACGCUGUUUGCCUUUGGGGGGGCGGGGUUUUUUUUUGGGGGGGGGGGGGGCCUUGGGGAAUAAAUAAAUAAAUGAAUGAUUUAUUGAUUUAUGGUGUGACUUGGAUUUCAGAGCUCUGAGUUAGCUCUCAAUAUUCUCUCAUCCACAAGCUAAAUUAGUGACUUUAGAACACAAGAUCACAAUGAAAAAGCACAAAAGUUGUGGAGGUUUUAUAUUACACUUCCUGCUCUUCCACAUCGAGGCUAACACUGCACAGAUUCGGUUUAUAAAAGAAACAACAACAAAAAGGGAAUUUGUGACAAAACUGAUGUAUCACUCUGAUUCAGUCUUUUUUUUUUCUGAAGACUAGGCAGCAAGCAAACACCAUUUAUACCUUCAGCCUAAUGAGCACAAUAUGAGAAAACACACACAAAGCAUACUUUCUAUUUUAAUGCAUAUACUCUAUAUAUAUAUAUAUAUAUAUAUAUAUAUAUAUAGACCCCGUAUUUUCUCAUCUCUGUGCCUAAUCCAUGGAUAUUUUGUAUAAAUCAUUUGUUACACGAGGUCACAGAUAUUAAACCUUCUCAUCGUUUGCACAUUUUCCAGUUUCUCGUCUGUUUGUUACUUCCUUUCAUCGCGUUUCGCUCGGCCCACUUCUGAGAAUUUUUCUUAAGACUUUAGCUUUCAGAAAACUGCUCUAAAUGUAGCACAAAGUUUAUUGUGGGCACAUGAGGGGACGCUGACAGAAAAAAUAAACCUGCUGUAUGUGGAAGCUUAGACAAUGUGUUUAAAGUUGUAAAAGGGGAAGUGACCAGAUAAAAAUAAUGUACUUAAGAUUAAAAGUUAAAAUGUGGCUUUCAAAUGUAAUCAUUAUUUAAAAAAAUGUGAAAGGAAUAAAAUAAGAAUUGACGUUCA